CCUAGGAAACGCGUUCACUUACUCAGACCAUCGAUAGAUAGCGAAAGAGCAACACCUUUUACAGCGUUUUGUAGCGAAAUUUGUUGAUAUUAGCAGUGUUUAGCAGCGUUUAACAGUUUUAUCAGCAUUUUCCCAGUGUUUCACAGCAUUUUAACAGCAUUUUGCAGUGUUUUAGCAGCAUUUUAGCAGCAUUUCACAGUGUUUUAACAGCAUUUUAACAGAGUUUUAGCAGCAUUUUAACAGCUUUUUGUGUGAAACCAAAAUGGCUGCACUGUAUGUUAGAGAUCUUGACCCAGCAGUGACAGAGGAGAUGCUUGCGUGGAGAUUCAGUCCUGCAGGACAAAUUCACUCCAUCCGUCUCUGCAGGGACAGAUAUACCGGCUCCUCACUCGGCUGUGCCUACGUUAACUUCUGGCAUCGAGGCGACGCUGAGCGAGCCAUCGAUAUGUUUCAUUUCGAGCUCCUUCUGGAGAGGCCCAUGCAGGUGAUGUGGUCUCAGUGGGAAACGACCUGGAGAAACCAGGAAGUAGGAAAAAUCAUCCUGAAGAACCUGGACAAGUCCAUCGACAACCUGGCCCUUUACGACACCUUCUCAUACUGCGGGAGGAUCCUGUCGUGCAAGGUUGUGAACAACGAGUCUGGGUCCAAUGGCUGUGGCUACAUUCAGUUUGAGACUGCAGAGGCAGCGGAAUUGGUCAUUGAGCGUUUCAACGGCAAACUGUUGAAUGGCACCCAAGUGACCAUUGAACACUUCAAGACUCCUGAGCAGCGUGAGGCUGAGAAGAAGGAGAAGAAGGAGAAGAAGGAGAAGGAGAGAGACCAGGCUAAUGUAGAGAGACAGACUCAGCUCAGGAAGAAGACUGAGCAGUCUCUGCUCCAGAAUCUGAAUCUCUACGUAAAGAACCUAGAUUGCAGCGUGGAUGAUGAGCGUCUGUACGCGGCCUUCUCUCCGUUCGGCACCAUCAAGAGUGCAAAGGUCAUGAUGAAAAACGGCCGCUCCACGGGGUUUGGCUUCGUGUGCUUCGAGUCAUCCAAGGAAGCCAUGAUCGCCAUUCAGGAGAUGAAUGGCAGGUUGUUGUGCGGGAAACCUUUGUACGUCGGCGUGGCUCAAAGGAAAGAGGAACGCCAGUUACAACUCCAGCAGAAGUUCCAGCUGCACAAGACGUCCCAGAGACAACUCCAGCACCAGAAUCUGAAUCUCUACGUAAAGAACCUAGAUUGCAGCGUGGAUGAUGAGCGUCUGUACGCGGCCUUCUCUCCGUUCGGCACCAUCAAGAGUGCAAAGGUCAUGAUGAAAAACGGCCGCUCCAGGAGGUUUGGCUUCGUGUGCUUCGAGUCAUCCGAGGAAGCCAUGAUCGCCAUUCAGGAGAUGAAUGGCAGGUUGUUGUGCGGGAAACCUUUGUACGUCGGCGUGGCUCAAAGGAAAGAGGAACGCCAGGCUUACCUCGCCCGCCUGCACAACAUCCCUGCACUGGUUCAUCAGCAGACCAGAAGCACCGAAAGUCCAUCUGUGGAGCAACAUCCAGCUGUGGACAGAGUCCCAGCUGUUGAAACCAUUCAGUCUGUGGACAGUGUCCCAGCUGUUGAAACUGUUCAGUCUGUGGACAGUGUCCCAGCUGUUGAGGAGCUUCCAUCAGAGGACAGUGCCCCAGUUGUUGAGACAGCUCAACCAGUGGACACUGUCCCAGUCCUUGAGAACUCGCCAUCAGAGGAGAGUGUUCCAGUCCUCGAGACACCACCAGCUGUAGUUACAACUCCAGCAGAAGUUCCAGCUGCACAAGACGUCCCAGAGACAACUCCAGCAGAAGUUCCAGCUGCACAAGACGUCCCAGAGACAACUCCAGCAGAUGUUCCAGCUGCACAAGACGUCCCAGAGACAACUCCAGCAGAUGUUCCAGCUGCACAAGAUGUCCCAGAGACAACUCCGGCACCUUCUACAUCUGAGGCAUCAGUGGACAAAGUCCAGCCGGACACAAAAGAUGAAUCCACACCUGAACCUACCAGGAACAGGCUCACGAUUUACAUGCUGGAGUCUUCACCACUUGAAGACCAGAUUCAGUUGGCCUAUGACUACAUGCUGCCCCUCGUUGAAGAAAUUCACCCAGUGCAAGCCAGGAAGAUCACAUGGUUGCUAGUGGAGAGAGAAAACAAUUUUGAAAUAAUGAACAUGAUUGGGGAUCCUGAUCUCCUGCAUGUCAAGGUGAAUGAAAUGGACGCUCUCCUGAAGGCGAGAGAAGCUGGUUACAAGCCGGAAGUUCUAAAGAGAACCUUUAACACCAAGAACAACAAGAACAAGAAGAAGAGAAAGAACAAGAAUAGAAAUGUUACACUGAUAAAUUAA